CGUGAGCGUGUUCCAGUAGAUAAUACCUCCAACACUCACCUGGACCGUCUGACAUCCUCGUUGAUUGUGAUCCAUUCUCUAGGAUAAUUCCUCGCGUUUUUUUGUUAUGAUGGUUGCCUGGCUGCUAUUCCUUUUAAUUGUUGGACAUGGCAUGCCGACUGAAUCCUCCAUGGAACUCGGCCAACUCCCACAAGUAUCACAAGCUGUAGAUACCGCUGGUGAUUCUAAGAUCUUUCAACACCAAUUAAAACGAUUCGAGGGAGAUUUACCUAAUGAAUCACCUCACAGUUCCGAGGUAGUCAUUAGAAUUGACGAUAAUGAGGGGGGCGGUAAGGCAGCCCCGGAAGAUUCAAGGCACACAGCCACUGACCUCGCAAGCUCUGACGAUUCCGACCAGAAAACCAGGUCCAUUGCUUUGACAGGAGCAGAUGGAUCUCGUGGGGAAAGCAGUCAAAGGAUUGAAUUGUGUCCAAUUUGUGCAGAAGAAUGGUCAAAACCCUAUCGCAAGUUACCUUGUAACCACCUCGUCCACAGAUGUGUUGGAUCAUGGUUAGAACAGAAUGGCACCUGUCCUAUCUGUCGAGCGCCAGUUUCUGAUGAAGGGAUGAAAGGAAGUGCUCCGAUUUCAAACAUGCCGGAAGCAGACCGUAACAUGUUAGUCUUCCCAGGUGCUCAACGGCCAGGCCAAGUCAAUAGAAUUAACUCUCAGGUUCAAGGGCAAGGUAAUAAACGGAGUCUUUGCUGUAAAUUGAGCAUAGUGUUGUAUUGCUUAUUGCUCAUCACGGGGAUAGUGAUGGUGAUUGUCGAAGAUUCAAUUCAUGGCCAUCUUGGUGGUGAUCCUCACAAAACUCUUCCCUGCCCACCUCCUCAGCUUUCGUAUUCCCCUCCUCCCUACCAUCCUUGAUUGAUAGCUGGACCUUCCUGUUUGCAGAGGUUCCAGAUAGAUUUUCUCCAGUUUUUUGUGUAAUAAAAUCUUGGGAUGAUUCACAUUGAACCCAGUCCUUGC